GCCUCGCCCCUCACACCCGCACCACCAUUGCUAUCCCUCCUCUCGCCUCGCCCGUAUCUUCUCCCCCAAUCCAACGCAAGGGUAGCUUAGCUUAGUCCUCGCGCCACCACCUACACCGCCAUGGCCUACCGCGGAGGCGGAGGCGGAGGCCGUGGCGGCGGCGACCAGGACCAGCGGUACGGCCGAGAGCGGGGUGAUCCGGCGGGAGGGCGCGGGGAUGGACGCGCGCGGACGGGUUGGCCGCCUCCGGGCCCGCCGUCGUCGGCCUCGCGUCCAGCCACGCCCGCGAUUACCAUCUACAACAACCCCAACGCCACGGGACCUCACCAGGCCGUCGUCUUCCGCAACCCCGCGCCUCCCCCCUACGCUCUCUCGCCGUCCGCCGGCCGCGCGUCAUCUUCGACCCUGGUCACCAUGGGCGCGCCUUGCCCUACGCCGGACACCAUCCGCGCGCCUCCUCCGACGCCCACGCCGGCCGCGGCCCCGUUCCAGCCGGCCCGCGUCUCGGCCCCGGCCCCCGCACCCGCUCUGCCGCUCCACUACGCUCCCUCGCCGUCGACCGUCCGCGCGUCUUCUUCGACGCCGGUUACCAUCUGCGCGUCUCCUCCGACGCCCUCGCCGGCUGCGGCCCAGCCGUUCCAGCCGCCCCCCGCCCCCGCUCCGCCCAGCCCCACGCCGUCGACCGCGGCCGUCGCCAAGGACCUCGAGCUGAAUCUCUUCGUCACCGAGACCGCGCUGGCGCCGGCCGUGGCGACGCAGGUGGGCCAGCCUGUGGCCGAGAAGGCGCCCGAGGUCGACGCGCCGGUGUUCAAGAUUGGGCUCGCACACCCCGCCCGCCCCAGCGCCGGCACCGUCGGCAAGGAGUUCCUCGUCAGCGUCGCCGACAACAACCUGUUCCACUAUGAUGUUUCCAUUAACCAAGAGUCAAACUCAAGAGCUGUGAACAGGGAGGUACUCAGUGAGCUAAUCAAGUUGCACGGAACGCUUGGGGGCAAAUUGCCCGCCUAUGAUGGAAGAAAGAGUCUUUACGCUGCAGGCUCACUUCCUUUUGAGUCAGAGGAGCUUGCUGUUACACUGGUUGAUCUGCAAAAGAAAGACAAAGAAAGGGCUGAAAGGGAGUACAAGAUCACCAUUAAAGUUGCUGGGAGGACAGACCUGUACCACUUUCAGCAGUUUAUGAAAGGAAGACAGAGGGAUAUGCCUCAAGAAACCAUUCAAGUGCUUGAUGUUGCCCUCAGGGAGUCACCAUCCUGGAACUAUGUCACAGUGUCCAGAUCCUUCUUCUCCACCACGUUUGAUCAGAGAGGAGACAUUGGUGAAGGAUUAGAGUGCUGGAGAGGUUACUACCAGAGCUUACGUCAAACACAGAUGGGGUUUUCACUCAAUAUUGGUACUCCCCUCCCCUGUCUGUCACUGUUACUGUUAUCUGAUUGCAGUGUCUCUACCCUUAUUUAUUUGAUGAUCUGCAUUUCUUAUUCAGAUAUAUCUGCAACAUCCUUCUUCAAGCCUGUGAAGGUGGUCCAGUUUGUGCUAGAGUUCCUCAACUUAAGUGAUGCCUCGCGACCUCCGACAGACAGGAACCUUGUCAAGUUGAGAUGUCAUGAUUAUGGAAAGGAGAAAACUUGUGCGCUAAGUAUUGGACAGUGGAACAUGAUUAACAAGAAAAUGGUUAAUGGAGGAACCACAGACAACUGCAGAGAAUUGCCCGCCUAUGAUGGAAGAGAGAGUCUUUGCACUGCAGAUUCACUUCCUUCUGAAUCAGAGGAAUUUUCUGGUACACUGAUUGAUCCGGAAAUGAAAGAUAAUGAAAGGGCUGAAUGGGAGUUCAAGAUGAUCACACAGAAAAUCAUUAAUGGGGGGACCAUAGAUAAUCUGGAGAAUGGUGCACCAUUUGUGUCUGAAGUUCCAACAGUCAUAGUUACUGCUCCUGUUAGUUUUCCGGUGGUGGCAUCAAUGGAUAAGCCAGAAACCUCCAAGUAUGGAGGUCUUGCCUCUGCCCAACCAUACAUGCAGGAGGUACUGGAAGACCUCUUUAAUUCGAGCAAAGAUUCACAGAAGGUUACCGCUAAUGGCGGCAAAAUGAAUGAAUUGCUGAUUACCUUCCGCAGGAAGACUGGCAGGAGGCCUCAGAGGGUUGUCUUCAGAGAUGGGGUAAGUGAAGAUCAGUUCUGUGAAGUCCUUUUUCAUAAAACGGACAGAAUCCGGAAGGCACAUGCCUCUUUCGAGAACGAGCAUAUACUACCAGUAAAUUUUGUGGUAGACCAGAAAAAACAUAAUACUAAGCUUUUCCCGAAGGUUCAUGUGAGGCAUGGCAGUUUAAACAAUGUAUCAUCCACCAAUGGAGGUGUAAUACCCCAAGAGGAGCCUUUAGAGGCACAUCAUCCACCAAACUUAGACUCAAUUAUCCAGUUUUUCGUUGACAUAAAUGGCCGCAGGGUGUCCGUUCAACGAACACCUGAAGCAGACCUGGGCUCAGCAAUUGCAGAAGCAAUGCUGAAAACUAACUGCUACAUUCCAGACUUUUAUGUCGGAUACGAGCAGCAUGUGCUUGAUUUAGAUCGGUCCAUCCUAUCGCAAAAAAUAGGUCAAAACUCAACGGUUAAGGUCCAGCCUCGUGUGAGGGGUGGUGUGGAAACGAUAGACAUGUCAUUCAAGGGUAUUAGAUUUGAGGACCGGAUUAAAAGCUUCAGUCAUGAUGACCUCUUUGAGGAACGCACUGUCAUUCCCGAAUUAAUGGGUAAAAUAAGGAGAAUAAGGAGAGGGAGGACCCGUGCAGGGACAGAGCAUAUCAUGAGGACCUUGGGUAGAUGCACCAUGCAUAAAUUAUUUGAAAUGCUCCAUCUCUUACAUCUUCGAGGGAUUUCCCUCAAUGGGAAUUUUACACAUGAGAAUGUCAUCUACUUACCUCUGUUGGAUAGCUAUGUAAUCAAUGAAAACCAUGUGAAGUCUAACCAUGCAGACUAUACUCCUCUCGGUUAUGAACAUGAUAUGAGAGCCCUAGGCCGGGUCUUGAAGCAGCUAUUCACCUGGAAGUUUCCACGCUCCAUAGCUGGUGUAUUUCCUGUGCACGUGGACCACCUUCUCCAGACUUUGAAUGCUAUGCCAGUUGGUGCAAGUACCUCGGAUGCCUUCAAGGCCUAUUUGAGGAAUCAUGUGUCAAUGUUGUCCCCUGGUGCGGUUGAGGGUCUGAUCUUAGAAGUGCACAGAUACAUUAGAUACCAAGCUGAGAAUCUGCAGGAGUCCACCAAGAUGAUUCUGGGACCACAUGUGAUGCACCCCUCCAAUCUACCUUCUUGGACUAAUGUGGCGCAGUUAGUUGAUUGUUUUAAGGAAGUUUACAGUUUCCAGAGCUCCUACUCAGAAGACAAGAUCUCAUGGUUUGAUUUCCUGAGAAAUUUCUUGACCCAUCCUAAUAAAACAAAGCCUCCCACCUUCACAAUAGAAGAGGUAGAUUUAGCAUUUGCUUAUCAUUUUGAUGAAGCGCUUCCUAGGUUCUUAUGUGAUCUUGUGAUGGGCCAUACCUUUAUCAGCUCACAUACAGUUGAGAGUGUAUUCAGUAGAGACUGGUUCAACACGAAAGUAUUUGUGGUUGAUGCGGAGAUCGCAAGCACCAGCGGUAUCUAGGGCAGAGUGGCAAAUUUAAUAGGCGUGCAGGUGUGAGGCGGCAGUGCAUGUUCUUCAAUCCAUGGAUCUUCAGUCUGCAGAACCUGGAGACCCUUUGCUCUUUUUCUUUUGGCAAAAACGCUCAACUUGUAGAUGUAUUUUCUGUUUCCUCCCGGGUUUUAGUUCAAGCAGUGUGCCAUAUGCUACUUGUUUCUGUUGGUGUAGAAAGAAGAGCAACUGGUGAUUGACUUACCAGGCAUCCAACAAAAGUGCUGGUGGUUUUGUUUUUAA